AUGUUAACUACCACCCGGAACGAACUAAUCGAAUAUUACAACCCGACAGACGAUCCGCAGCUAGCCAGAAAGAUAUACACCGAAUGUCACUACGUCGGAGCUGUCGAUCAACGUAUGUCGCGCUACGAUCGGGUCAAACCAGCCGGAACGGCACUCGGAAGAAGAGGCAAUGUACGUGCCAAGUGCGGACCAAAACCAGCAGGGAUUGACCAACAGAAAGAGGCCUGA